AUGCCACUAGAUCCACAGGUAGCAGAAUCCCUUUCAGUGGGCCCAACGGCCGAAAGAUUCAAGGCACUAGAGAAAUUUAUUGGGAUGCUUAAGUCGGGCGAAACAGUGGCCCCAGAUAAUGUUUCUGUGUUUGUCGACGCCUUAACGGGAAACUUCGAUGAUACAAAUUUCAAAGUUGUUACAUACUCAUUGGAGGCUGUACAGAUAAUCUUAUCGCGUAACACAGCCUUCUUGACCAAGACUUACGGCCAGAGACUCCUAUCCUCUACCCUAGACAAAUUUGGCCAUGUGCGGCCAAGCGUCAAAGAGUGUGCAUACAGUCUUGCAUAUUUUCUGAUGAAGAGCACGGUUGUGUCCGAUUUCGAUAUCAACCUUGGGGUUUGCAUGACUGCACUGGCACACAAGAACGCGGGCGUUCGAGAGACGACCAUUCAGCUGCUGUCUACUAUUCUCCUGGAGCUUGGAAAGCCUGACGUAAAGGCACUGGCAAAGGUCGUUCCUCGAUUUACAGAGUUGACGAAGGAUAGUUCCCCUGUUGUUCGGUCACAGGCGACGGUAGCACUUGCAAAUUUGACAGAAGAGUAUCCAGACAGCCUAGCACGACUGGCAGGUCAGUCGGGGGGAGAUAAAGACAAGGAGUCGCGAGACCACGGCAUACAGAAGCCAACCAGCAGUGGCGUAAACAGAAGCGGAGUGAGGCGCGAGACCAGUGCUUCCAACAUCCCUGGGAGAUCUGGUAUUGGAGGCACAGGAGGGUCAAUACCAUCGGCCACAGACACAGCCAUCAGCUUAUUUCCGCCCCCGUCAACCCAAGAUCCAGACGGACAAUCAAACCCUCUUUCUAUUGUUCCACCGACACAGCAAGCUUCGUACUAUCCCUAUCGGCCACUCUAUUCUUAUGAUCUCCUUUUUUCGCCCAAUUCACUUGUGUCUGCUGGCACAGAUCUUACUCAGAAGAAGUUUCACAGCAUCCUACGGCUCGAGGAGCAAAAAAUGGUAGAUGAGCUGAACGCCAUCUUCUCUGUAUUCUCUGCAAACCUUAAGAAUGAAGCAAAUUGGACCAUACAACUGGACACGGUGAAAGCCCUAAUAUCUUUGAUAAUUAUUGACUCAGAAGCAGGUGUAACGCUCAGCACGCAGAUAUUUGCACAGACAUUCACUGAUUUUCUUUCACAAAACCUCGCACAGAUAGUCGCGUGUGUCAUGUCUCGACGAAGCAUACUAUCUCGAGAGAUGUGCAUCUUCCUUGAGUUAUAUGCCCAGAGGUACGGCACGUAUGGCACCCGUUUUGUAGUAGAUCUGAUAGACCCACUUAUUAGACUCUUGAACCAAAAGGGUGCCUGUUAUGAGACAUCCGCUGACGCUACCAUGCGGGCAAUCAUUGUAUACUGCAAUCCAAAAAUGGCACUUGCUAGACUUGUGAAGCACGGGCAGGCAGAUAAGUCAUCGCACGUACGGGCACACGUAAUAGAGUAUAUCUUGCUACUAUUUAUUUCAGCGUGCCUGCAUUCAGAAGGGUAUCUAGCCGGAAGAGGGUUCUGUUCUGAGAUAGACUUCUGGUUGCGACACGAGGCAGAUAUAAUUCAACUUUUUUGCAAGUUGGCAGACGACGCGCUACAGCGCACACGGAUCACAGCUAAGUGUGCCUUGCUGGUGAUGCGGAUCUUACGGCUGAGCUUUUGGUCGAAAUCGUCUCAGCUUCUAGGCUCCAAGGCACCGAAAAUAGAGGCAUCUGUACGAGAAACCUGUCUUAGCUAUUACUAUAUCUCUGGGAAAACCCACAAAACUAAACGUGUACCGCUAGCAUCAGAUGACUUUUUAAUGGAGUGGCUCCGGUCAGCUAGUCGUUUCGCUUAUGUCAAAUGUAUGGAUAUAGAUUUCAAUUGGAAGGUCUUAUUGAUUGAGACUAUCGACAAGUUCAUAGGCUGGAGCUCUGUGGGAGGACUUCCAAGUGGCUUCACCGACGCCUUGGGUUGCCAAGAUGUAGCAGUAGAGCAGGUGUCCAGCACAUCCACUGGAGCGCUACCACACGCGUCAAGCUCGCAGCAAAGCUCGAGGAUAUCGCGCAAAACGCCAAUCAGUGCUACUGCAUCUUCAGAGCGGGGAAAGACAGUGUCUGCUACGGCACGGCCAGAGCACAACGGUCCUGUGCACACUGCAGCAAAACAAGCUAGUACCAUAGCAUACGAUGACCUAGACGACGUAGAUGAGCUGGUAACGAACACUCAGACAGCAACGCGUCUUAAUGGGAUCUUGAGCAAUUUAGCGUUAAGCACUCAACCAGACAAUGUGCUUCUGAGCCUUAUGAAGCAGUGGACUAACAGUUUUCCAGAGCUACAAUCUGAGCUAAGAAGGUCUUAUGCACAGGCUAUAUUGGUGCUGCUGGACCUAACCAAGCAUUCGUCUCUUGCCGUAAGGCUAGAGGCACUUGGCAUAAUCAGACUGAUCGUUGUUUCUGACGGGGCGCUACUCGAAGACAUCCUAGACGUGUUUCUUCUACCCAUAUUAGAGAUCUACAAGGAUCCUGAAUUGAUCGUAAGACGUGCUGCCGACGCGGUCCUUCUCCUCCUACCAACCGUCCUUCCAGUGCGAAAUGUAUUCAAGGGAUACUCCUCUAUUGUCAAUACUGCAGCCGACGUGGUCCUGCACGGAAGUUUGCGGCUCCUUGCCAAGACUAGCCACUUUUACAAAGAUAACGCACUUCUGCUUGAAGAUAUCGAUAGCGUGUUUCCUGGUCUGAUGCGAGCCUUUUCAAAUGAAAACCCAGACAUCAGAAAGGCAGUUGUUUAUUGCUUGGUGGACCUGUAUUACCUGGUUGGGGAAGACUUCACUCCAUACCUCAACAGGCUCAGCGCCAGCCAACUGAAGCUCGUGACGAUUUAUGUGGUAAAGAUGUCAGAAAAACGUGCAAAGCAGGGAUGUUGA